AUGGAACAUGCUAUGACGUCAGCAGAGGAGUCAGUCAGCCUUCCGUCUGCGGCCUUCCAGUUCUCCGAUUACGCCAGCUUCCCCAACCAAGAGCAGAUCCGUGCCAGGUCCACUUGGGGCAGCGAAAAUUAUCAGAAGAUGAAGUUUGAUUCGAACGGCUGGGCAGUGGAGGACGGCCUCGGAGAUGUUGACUCCGACCGCUACUGGUGCAUGGAUGAGGAUGAGCGCAUUUGUUCCGCUUCCUUUCCACAGACGCGAGAAGAUCACGCAUACGAGUUCGUCGGCUCGGAGCAGUUGGCAGGCGAGGAGCAGCUCCACUUUAUUUGA